AUGGGGCGCCGGAGGCCGCCGAGCGAGCCGUCCAGCUUCGACGCCGAGCUCGCGCCGAGCUUCGGCGCGCUCGCGUGCGAGGCCGCGCGAGGUGCGUCCCCGACUCGACUCGCCGCGACCCGCCGUCGCGUCGCGUCGUCCCUCCCCGGCGUCCGUCGGAUUCGAACGACGUCGCCGCGAGCGAAACGACAGCUGGUCGACGAGCGAGCGCCCGUCUUGACCGUCCGCCGUCCCCUCCCGUCUCCCGCCGCAGUCGUGCACAACCGCCGCGCGUCCGAGAGCAAGAGCCGCCGCCGCCGCGCCUCCGGCGGGUUCGCGCCGCUCCUCGCGAGCGUCGCGCGACGAUUCGCGCUCGUCUCGUCGUCGUCCUCGGACGACGACGACGACGAGGAGGACGGCGACGACGUCGAAAAAAAAAAGGCGUCGCCCGCGCGGCGACGAAAAGCGACGCGAGGCUCCAGCGGCGGCGAGGCGACGAUGACGCGCGUGAAGGACGCGGAGCACAAGGCGCAGACGCCGACGGCGGCGGAGCUCGCGACGCGGACGCCGUCGCCGUUCAAGUCGUCGUCGCUGAGCGUGCACGCGCUGAGCGACGACGGCGCGACGACGACGACGACCGCGACAGCGAGCGGCGGCGGCCGGCGACCGCUCGGACGACGCUCGAGCGCGACGACGACGGCGUCGUCGUGGGACGCGGACUUCGACUCCGGUUCCAACUCUGACGCGGACGCGGACGCGGACGCGCCGGUGGUGUCCGCGACGAAGCCGUGGCCGCCGGAGAUUCUCGCGGAGUACCUCUCGACGCCGCGGUCCGCGUCUCUCGCGUCCGCGUCCGCGUCCGCGUCCGCGUCCGGGUCCGCGGCGGACGUGGUGGACGUCGAACGGCUCGUCGCGCGCGCGCGGCCGCACGACCUCACCCCUCGCGCGGACGAAGCCGAGCGCGCGUCGAUGCGCGUCGUCGCCGGGUACGCCGCCGCGGGGCCGCUCGCGGCGGCGUCGCUGCCGUCGUGGGACUCGUUCGAGAGGGAGCCGGAGCCGGGCGCGGGCGGGGAGGAGGCGACGGCGACCGGGACGGGGACGGGGGGCGGCGCGGUCGGGGAGCGCGCGGUCGUCGCGGGUAUCGCGCCCGUCGGCGCGGCGGCGCCGCCCGCGACGGCGCGACCGUCGACUCCGCCGCCAGCUCCCCCGCCGCCGCCCCGCGGCGGGCUCGGGAACCCUCAGCCGCCUCCGAGCGGCGGAGCGAAAAGGCCGCCGCCGCCGCCGCUGGGUGCGCUCGCGAACCCUCCUCCUCCUCCGCCACCGCCACCACCGCCGCCGAGUGGUCUGGCGCGGCCUCCUCCUCCACCACCUCCGCCGCCGCCGGGCGGUCUGGCGAAACCUCCACCUCCACCUCCGCCGCCGCCUCCUCCCUCGAGACUCGGCGGCGCGCCUCCGCCGCCGCCGCCGAAGCCGCGGUCGCCGAUGAAGGGCUUCGUCCCGCCGCCGCCGCCGCCGCCGCCGCCGCCGGGAAAGGGCGCGCUCAAGGCGGCCCCGAUCCCUCCGCCGCCGCCGAACGGUCCGCAGUCGCCGAACCGGAAGCCGAACCCCGCGGCGGCGUUGCGGUGGCGGCAGCUGCACUGGGAGGUCAUUCCCGUGAUGCGCAUACGCGGCACGGUGUUCGAACGUCUGCGCGACACCCCCGACGACGAGGCUGGGAUCGACCACGACUCGCUGAAAGGGUUGUUCAGUCAAUCGAACGCGCGGACGGCGGCGGCGAAGACCGCGGCGGGGGGUGGAGAUGAUAACGGACCAACCGCGGACGUUACGAAACCGACGGGUCCCGGCAAGCGCGCGCCGGUGAUCACCCUCCUCGACCUCAAGCGCGGGUCGAACAUCGAGAUCAUGCUGUCGAAGAUGAACCCCGACGUGGAAGCGAUCGCGCGCGCGGUGCAGUCCAUGGACGCGGCGGCGUUAGACGCGGAGAGCGUCGCCGGGAUGAUCCGAUUCUUACCCACCGCGGACGAGUGCGUCCUCGUCAACGCGUACGAAGGCGACGAGCGCGCGCUCGGGAAGGCGGAGCGGUACUUCCGCGCGCUGACCGCGGUCCCGGGGUUCGACAGCAAGCUGAGAGCGCUGGAGUUCAAGCAAGGGUUCGCGUCCGCGAUCGGCGCGGUGCGGGACUGGACCGAGUGCGUCGAUCGGUGCGCGACGGAGCUGAAGCAGUCGUCGCGGAUGGGCCGGCUCAUCGCGCUCGUGUUAAAUUUGGGAAACGCGCUCAACGCGGCGAGAGGCCCCGCGCACGGGUUCGCGCUGUCGUCUCUGCCGAAACUUCUCGACACGCGCUCGUUCGACGGAAAGACGACGCUGCUGCACUACCUCGUCGCGCACUUGGAGAACACGCCGAAGGAUUUAGACCUCCUGCAGUUCACCGCGGACCUCCCCUCGCUCGAGCGCGCGUCCCGUCUGACGUUUGCGCAAAUCGAAGAAGAGCUCGCGCCCCUGCACGCGGGCCUGCGCGCGCUGUCCGAGGAAGUCGAGGCCGCGACGAAGCGCGUGACGUGCGAGAGCGUCGUCGUCGAGGCGUUCCCGGCCGCGGCCGCGGACGCGGAGGACGCGAAGGACGCCGCCGCGGAGAGGGCGUUCAGAGAGGCGCUGGUGUCGUUCCACGCGGACGCGGCGGCGCGCCUCGCCGAGCGCGUGGCCGCGUUGGACGACGCGAAGGCGAGCUUCCGCGAGGCCGCGAGGUACUACGGCGAGGACGCGAGCAAGAUCAAGAUCGGUCGGGAGCCGGAGCGUUUCGCGAAGGUUGUCGCGGACUUUGGCGCGCUCGUGGCGACCGCGCGAAGGGACAGGGGAAAGGUGAAAGCCGCGGCGUCCGCGUCGCCGAAAGAGAAGGAAAACGCGGACGACGCGGGGACGGAGCGACCGCCGAAGAAGAAGCUCAGCUUCGCGGGCGGCGACGGCGGCGGGUCGUCGCCGGAGGGCGGGUCCGACGGCGGGAGCCCGACGCUGCCGCGAAUCAAGAUCGGGAAGAAACGCGACGACGACGACGACGACGAGGGGCGGAGACGGUUCACCGUCGUGGACAUGUUGAAGGACAUCAAGGAGGGCGGGGACAGGGUCGGCGGGUUGCGUAAGAUCGGCUCGCCGAGCAAGCGGCAGAAGAAGCCGUUCUGGAAGAAAGAGGCGGACGAGCGGGUUGCGGCGGCGAAGACGUCUGCGCUCGGGAAGGAAGCGCCGCCGACGCCGACGCCGGCCGGCGGAGGAGGCGCGGGGCCGCCGCCGCCGCCGCCGCCGCCGCCGCCGCCGCCGCCGGGGGGGAAGAUGCUGGGGAAUCCCCCCCCGCCGCGCCGCCGCGCCUGGGUUGAGACGCGCCGCGACCGACAAAUAGAUGCACGCGCACACUAG